AUGCUCGACGAUGACUCAUACUAUAUACCUGACGAAUCUGAACCAGUGUGUACUAAAGGGUUGUUUGACUCAGUGGCCAAAAUCGUUCAGGCGGCACAAAAAUGUCAUUCUCUUCAGUAUGAUGAAAAUGGAUGGAAUAACCUUGUCUAUACACCACUUCUCACCACAGCAGUGGAGAACUUCAAGCCGGAGGAGCGUCAGUUAAUCGAUGUUGCACCUUGCUCCACGGCUACAAUUGAUCCAGAAGGGCAUCGACAGUCUAUCCCUAAAGGGCAGGUCGAUUUUGUCUUAUACGUCGACCCUUUUCUCGACCUAGUUGCAAGAGACAAAUGCCUAGAAAGACGCAACAGCCUCGGGUCAGUUAAUCAUACUCAGUUCGUACCGACUGCAGAGUGUCCGAUUGCUGCGAGCAUCAAGACGAAGAGUCGUUCAGGGAACAGUCAAGAUGCUGAAGUUCAGUUGGCAGCCUGGCAAGCAGCGCAGUGGCUUAACAUGGACGUUGAUGUCGGUGACAAUAUUUCAGAGCUUGGUUUCCUGCCAGGUAUCAUCAUCGAUGGGCACGAGUGGAGGUUCCAUGCAACAACGUAUGGGUUACCAGGAAACAAAACCGUAAGAUAA